UACGUUUAAAGUUUAAGAACGUUGAGAUUUGGCCAGAAACAUGGCCUACUAUUUGGAACACGUGCUCGUUGGCGAUCGGAUUCCACUGGAUGAGGGUGUCCACGUUCUGGGACGCCACUCCCAAUGCACCUGCCUAAUGAAGUACGACUACAUGUCCCGAUUCCACGCCCUUGUUCUGGUUAAGCAUGGCAAAAUAUUCAUUAAGGAGCUGAAUACCAACAAUGGUGUAUUUAUCAACUAUUCGCCGGAGCGAAUUGGCACGGAAUGGCGGGAACUAUCCGUGGGCGAUGAUCUCUGUUUUGGGGUCAAAAUAAACAGCGAGGUCGCCGUGGAGAUACCGAUUACGUUCGGGAUUUUCACCGUUAAGGCGGAGGAGCUGCUUCACUCCCUUGCUGUCGUCGACAGCAGUAGUGUACAACACAACGGAAAGCCAUCCAGUUCGCCAUAGAGCAGGGUGCAGAAAUGCAAAUGCCCCACUUAACGACACAAUCCCAUUUGGGGAGGCGUUAAUUUUCCAAGCCCGAUAAGACCAUGGAACUGGAUCCUAAGGACCAGAGUCCUUGCAUACAAAUCGCCAACAAGAAGCUACUGCAAUCCGACAAAAACCACACACACAGUUGCGGCUGAAAUAAUAGGUAUUAGGCAACUACUUAGGAAACUAUUUAAUUGUAUCAUGUUACAAUCAACUAAUUGUAUUUGCACUUGGUGAAACCAAAUUAUGAAAGCACUGAGAACCAGGACAGGAAAACUGGUCAAACACAAAAAUGACACAGCAAAAACCAAACCGUUUAAACACUUCGCUGUGUUGCCCUGUAAUUGCUUAAACUUGGAAGACACUUUGUAGAAUUCGAUGGGCUAACUUUGG